UUUUUUUUUUUGAUUUGCUUUUUUUUUCAUGAUAUCUAUUUUCUUAUAUUCUCUAUUUGAUUAUGCGACAAUUAUAUUUUUUUUCUUCUGUCAUUUAUUUUCUAUCCUUACGAUAUUUUAUUUCCUAUUUUUGCGCCAUCUUAUUCUUUGAAUUCCGUCAUUUAUUAUUGAAUAAAGUGUAUAACUUAUAUAUAACAAAAGUUGUUGUUACUGAUAUUUCCAUAUUUCUUAUGAUUCUUGCGCCACCCUGAUUUCAUGUGGUUUAUUGUUUGGUUUUACCUUAUGAUUAUAAAUCCCAUGCAAAGCCAUCCUGAUCAAACUUAUUAUUAUCCGCU